UUCAUCACAAUCUCCAGUUUAAAGCUUCUCAGUCUUUCUUCAAGGAACUAAAAGCACAGCAGCUGAACUUCAUGGCUUCCUCCAGCAGUGUCCUGUGUGAAGAUCAGCUCCAGUGCUCCAUCUGUCUGGAUGUGUUCACUGAUCCAGUCUCUACUCCAUGUGGACACAACUUCUGUAUGAUCUGUCUCAAACAGUUCUGGGACAGCAGUUCACACUGUCAGUGUCCAGUGUGUAAAACAUCUUUUGCUAAAAGACCAGAGUUAUGUGUGAAUACGUUCAUCUCUGGACUGGCUGCUCCAUUUAAAAAGUCAGUUCAGGUAAAAUCCAGCAGUGCUGCAGAAAAACCCACCCAAUCUCUGGUGCUCUGUGAGAUCUGCUGUGAAAAGAAAUGUGUAGCUGUGAAGUCCUGCCUGACCUGUAUGACCACUUACUGUGGGACUCACCUGGAACCUCAUGAGAGAGUUUCUUCAUUAAAAAAGCACAAACUGAUGGAGCCUGUGGAGAACCUGGGGGACUACAUCUGCCAGAAACAUGAGAGACCCCUGGAGCUGUUCUGUAGAAACGACCAGACGUGUGUGUGUCAGUUCUGUACUGAAACAGACCACAAAACUCACAACACUGUUCCUAUAGAGAAGGAAAUUAAAGAGAAGAAGACUGAGAUAGAAAAGACACGAGCAGAAGUUCAGCAAAUAAUCCAGAAGAGACUGAAGAAGAUUAAGAAAAUCAAACACUCUGUCGAACUCAAUAAUAAAACCACAGAGAAGGAGAAAGCAGAUGUUGUGGAGAUCUUCAGUGCUCUGAUGCGCUGCAUUGAGAGAAGAAAGGCUGAACUGCUUAAGGUGAUGGAGGAGAAGCAGAAAGCAGCAGAGAGGCAGGCUGAAGAGUUCAUUAAAGAUCUGGAGCAGGAAAUCACGGAGCUAAAGAGGAGAAACACUGAGCUGGAGCAGCUCUCACACACUGAGGAUCACCUCCACCUCCUACAGAUUUACCCGUCACUGUGCAGCCCUCCACACACCCAGGACUGGACUGAUGUCACUAUUAACUCUCGUCUGAGUGUGGAGACUGUGAGGAGAGCUCUGUCUCAGAUUCAGGAGACUCUCAGUGAGGAAAUGGAGAAGCUUGAUGAGACUGAGCUGAAGAGAAUUCAACAAUAUGCAGUGGAUGUGACUCUGGAUCCUGAUACAGCAAGUUCUUUUCUCAUUCUCUCUGAUGAUGGGAAACAAGUUACAUGUCGAGCCAAGAAACAUCUUCUUGAUAAACUAGAGAGGUUUGACUUUUCUAUCUGUGUACUAGGAAAGGAGGGAUUCUCUUCAGGGAGAUUUUACUAUGAGGUGCAGGUCAGAGGGAAUACUGACUGGGAUUUAGGAGUGGUCAGAGAGUCCAUUAAUACAGAAAAGGAGAUUACAACCAGUCCUGAAGAUGGAUAUUGGUGUAUUUCCUUGGAAAAAAAAAAAAAGUAUUUUGCCUACGACUCUCCUCCUGUCUCCCUCUCCUUGAAACAGGCUCCUCAGAAGGUGGGGGUGUUUGUGGAUUAUGAGGAGGGUCUGAUCUCCUUCUAUGAUGUUGAUGCAAAGUUUCAUAUCUACUCUUUCACUGGUCAGACUUUCACUGAGAAACUUUAUCCAUCAUUCUGCCCCUGCAUUCAUGAUGGAGGUAAAAUAUCAGCACCACUGAUUAUCUGUCCAGUUAUUCAAGUGUAAUAGUGAUUUAAGAUUUUUGAUUUCAUUUUCUUAAAUUUUUUUGUAGCAUUAUGUGAAGUUGUUUCAGACUUAUUUAAUCUCAACUGAUUCAAUAUAUAUUUUUUAAAUAUAUACAUUUUGCAUUAUUUGGUUGUGAGCAUUGUUUGAUAGCUGUAUUUUUUUUUACUUGUAUUUUGUAUUUUAUGAACUUGCAUUGUGUUGUAUGCAGACCUGUUUAUAAAGGUAGUGAAACAAAUAAAUAAC